AUGGCCUUCGUGCACGCGCAUUCGGGUGAGUGUAUGAAGUCGGAACUGGAAUUAUUUUCUCUACCACCAACGCAGACGUCUAUUGAGGCUGGUCAAUGGGUACACUACAAGCCCGUAUCAUCUCUAACCGAUGAUUCCCCGAUUGAAUUUGUUGUUCCUGGAAACAGCGAUGAGUACAUCGACUUGGCACACACUAUGCUUAGCGUACGAGUGAAGUUACAGCCAUCGGCUCCGGUCACCCCAGCAGGCGAAGGCAACGCACCCGCUCCGCACGCCACUCCGGUAAAUAAUCUGCUCCACUCAAUGUUCAAUCAAGUCGAUAUAUUCUUCAACCAAAAACUAGUCUCCCCAGCCAACAACUCUUAUGCCUAUCGAGCGUACAUAGAGACCCCACUGAAUUACGCACCUCACGCCAAGAAAUCUCAUCUUUCAUCGGCACUAUGGUACGACAGCGAGGAAGGAGUAUCAGAUGUAUACGACGCCGACGCUGCCGACAAAUUUUUACUCAACGGUGUGGAACUGCGUCUUCGCCUCGUGAGAUCGAGAGAUAGCUUUUGCAUCAUGGAAGCCGAAAAUCGCCACAAGCUACACAUCCUGGAAACUUCGCUGCUCGUUCGUCGGGUGAAGAUCAGCCCCGGAAUCUUGUUGGCGCAUGCACGGACACUAGCCAAAGGUACAGCAAAAUACCCCGUGACCAGAGUCGAGGUGAAAUCCUUCACCAUACAUGCAGGAGUACAAGCAGAAACGCUGGACAAUGUGAUACUCGGUCAGCUACCGAAACGAGUGAUAAUCGGUUUUGUCAGUAAUAAAGCCUACAACGGAGACAGACAACGCAAUCCAUUCAAUUUUCAAAACUACUCUCUGAAUUUCCUCUCGCUGUACGUCGACGGAGUGCAAGUUCCAUCGAAACCGCUACAGAUGAACUUUGGCAAAGACGAUCUCUACGUGGACGCCUAUCACACCCUCUUCUCCGGUACGGGGAUUCAUUUUCUGAACGACGGAAAUGGUAUCAAUCGACAACAGUUCGCCAAAGGAAAUUGUCUAAUGGCGUUUGAUCUAACUCCCGAUCUCUUCGCCAACUGUCCGUCUCACUGGACGCUCAUCAAACACGGAACUCUCAGGGUCGAAGUGCGCUUUGACGAAGCCCUCAAAGAGACUGUGAAUUGCCUGGUGUACGCUGAAUUCGAUAAUCUGAUUGAAGUGGAUGCUGCACGUCAGGUCAUUACAGAUUUUUCGGGGUAA